GAUAUCUAUCACACGGUAAUAAGAAGUUAAUGCAUUCUAAAAAUAAGCGUUCCGUUUCCGAUUGCGUAGUCCCGUUGCAGCGGCGUGAAAACGUAUUGCCUUAUAUGGCACCAUCUGAGUUCUCACGCGCAUCCCGUCGGCCGGCGCGAGCUCGCGGCGCUCGAAUUAGCGCACGGGGCGUCUUGCGCGAAACUAAAUACCCAAAACCGUCAGCGCGCGUGCCAAAUACGGCACGAAUCUCGAGUUUCGCGCGCGCGCGCGCUGGCACCGCACCAGCCUCCUGGCUCCUAUUCGCGUCUAUGCUCGUGAAAAACACGUAAAAACGCAUUUAUUUCUGUUGCCAGCGGCCUCUAAAUUUAGGCCGUAAAGCAAUACGAGCGAUUUUGGUCGCGGCUGCGUUGUCUGUAUUUAGACGAGACGGGCGCGAGUCGCGAGUCCCUCCGGCCCAAGUGAUAACGCGCGUGCAGCGAGCAGCCUCGCGCCCUCGCGCCUCGCACCUUCGCCACCCGCCCUCCUGCACGUCACCUGCACGAGCGUGCAGUAUCAUCAGUGCAUCUGUCUAAAAAGUGCCUUAAUAUAGUUAUUUUUAAAAGGUGACGAAGAAAGUGCUUUAAAGACCGUGGAUUUAUCACAAACAGUGCCUCCGUGUGAGAUACAGUGCCUGGGAAACAGUGUCUUGCGUCAGAGAUUGCCUUCAGAGAUUUGGAUGUCGCAAAUGCUUCCGGAUGCUGCAGAAGUGAUGCGGCGCGCGGCGUGCGGCGACGUGUGUGCUGCGCCCGCGCCGCGCCGCGAACUCGUCGCCAACACCAACAAAACAUCGGAAAACAAGGAACUCCUGCGUCAACAGCUCCUGUCUGCCAGCAAGGACCGCAACCUCGACAAAGCUGAACCGCCCAAAGCGAAGCACACCAGAAGCAGACAGAAGAACCGAUGGAAGCUGAAGUUCCACCACCAAGCCUUGCCACAAGAGUAUCUAGAUCACUACGAACAGAGUCUACAGAAAGCUAACAAAAAGAAGCCAGUAGAAAAGCCAAAAGAACAAAACGCUGAUAACAACAAUUUUACCAACGAGACGUUCAAAAUUUGGGCGCAAAGACUAGCCGGAGUACAGAAUGACACCGGACCUCUAACGGCUCCUAACACUUUUAACAUGGCGGCCAAAAAAGAGGAGAAGAAAAAGAAAGCCCCAGCUAUCACGCCCAGUAAGAUUAUGACGUACGAAGAUCUACCGUACAUGGGAGAGAUGACGCUGAACAACUCUAAGCCGAGACGCGGCAGGAAGCCGAAAAAAGCAGACAUCUGUCAUCUGAUUUACGAGAAUUAUGGCACCGUCGUCCCGGGACAGCCUCCGCCUCAAGAGCGACUGAGUAACCUCACCAUGUGUCCUCCGUUCAGAAGUAUAGAAACACCGCACAGUACUUCCAAAACAGACUUGCAGAAUAAAAUAAUUUCCAAUCUUCUGGAAAAGAAAUUGUCGCAAGAGUAUAAGAGGAGGUUAGAAAAUCCUUCGCCGCCUAGAUUCUGCAGCCCCGACGAGCCGAUGCCUGAAGGGCCAUUGACCACAGCGGGACCCUUGCAUAGCGACGAUGAACCGCUAAAUCUCUGCAUUAGAGAUUUGCAUGACUUGAAGUUGCAAAUACAAAAGAAGUUUGGAAAUAUUUACACGUCGACGCCAGACGUUAAGACGGAAAUCGAAGACUGUUCCGAGCAGGACAGUGUGAAAAGCGAGCAGCCAAAUGCUAUUUCGGUGAUACAGAGAAAUACAAAUUUUCCUCCCACUGCGAAUAGCUCGCCGGAUCUUUCGCGAAAAACGAGGAAUAUAUCCCCGACGUUAUCGGAACCCGCUCAAUCGACGGCCAGCCCUGACGAUGAAAAAUUCCCAGGGUACGUUUACUGGCCGAACGCGGGAAUAUACAUGCAUCCUUUAGCUUUACAAACUCAACUGUUGUACUACCAACGGCUAGCAGCAUCGGGACAGCUACCGUUUUCCCCAGAAGAUCGUGAAAAAUUGUCAACACCCGGAAGCGAAAACACCGUAACUGAUCCAUCGCCAGAUGAAAACAAAAGUAAGUUGGUGCUGAAACAAAUUUCGGAACUUUUAGACCCUAAAGUUAUCAAACAAGUCGAGGAAACGAAAAGUCCGGAGCCUUUGAAAAAGAGGGCGUCCCCAAAUCCUACUCAAGGACCUGUAAAAAGGAAACGCUCGGCGAUAUUCAUUCCCCCCAUGCCCGCUAAAACCAGCACAACAACACCUACCACUGAAGUCAGCAUUUGUAAAUUUAAAUUCACCGGAGGUUCCAAACCAUCGUUGCAAGAAAAGAAGAUGCUGUCAGUGGAUUCCGGGGGAAACUUUAGAUACUACAGCGGCACGGGGAACAAAGGAAAUAAAGGGUAUGAGUUCAUGCAUAAAGAUGUGAACCCGGACAGAGCAGAAUCUGUCGGGACAUCGGUUUCAACCUUACCGAAACCUGAUACUCAAACCAGUGUUAAUGUUAAGGAAGAUUUGAAUAAAAAGAAAAGGAAAUCAAGAAAGACGUUGCAAAGGGAGAAGUUGGAACAGACGUUUAAAGAAAAGGGGUUUUUAAUACAGACCCAGCAGCUGCAGUCGGCGGAGGGCGCGACGUAUUGCAAGUUUCGGCAACUGAGGAAGUUCACGAGGUAUUUGUUUAGGAGUUGGAAGGACUAUUUGCCAGGGGAGUUGGAUGACAAACAGAAUGAAGAACCAAAACCAAGCGACCAAAAACCUCCUGCAAAUGAAAAUCCUGUGAGUGAAUGGACAAGUUAAAAUAAAGUUUUAGGUUACAUGUAGACGUACAGUCUAUUAUGUUUGGGACAGAAUUGCGCAAUUUUAAACCAAAGGAAACUACUUUUAGUUUUUUAGUUUUUGCCAUGGUUCACCUUUGGUUUAAGCUUUGACGGUAAUGUCCCAGAAAGAA